CCGAUCUGUGUGGUGCCCGGAAUCGCCAGCAUCAAUUUAUGCACAGAGUUGUACACCUUCGAUCCCCAGAACUAUUCUCCUCAUCCUCUUUGGGCAGAUUUUCCUCGUCUAAUGAACGCUCAAACUUCGACUUUUGAACAGCUUCUGGAUAGCUCGGUGGGGGGUUCAGGAUUAUCCUUGGACAUCAAAAAAGCGGAAAUGGCAAUGUCUGACCUUGUCGUUCUUGUAAAAUUUAGUAAGCUGGCCAGUAAGGACGUACUAGGUGAAGCGUUAACCACUUUUGCCCAUGACGCUCGUCGAACUGGACGCGGGCUACAAACCUUGGGCUCAAGAGUUGGUGGUGCCAUUGACCUAGUACUAGCCGUCAACGAGUACGCCAUGGCAAAACUUUCUUCUAUUCCACCAUCGUCUUCUUUCAUUUCACAGGCAUUAGUGCCUUUCCAUCCUGCGUCCUCUCUGGAGAAUCUAUUUCUAACUGCUUUUGGCGAAUCAAUGAACACACUUUCAACCAUCAUCCAAUGCCUCAUCUUGCUCGCGGAAGUCGAACUCUCCAAUAUCGAGAAACUCGAGGAGCAUCUCUCCUUGAUCCACGAAAUAGUUUGCCGAGAAGAUUCAUCCAUUUCAUCUGCCAAGACCGAGCUCUUAGGCGAAAUCUGGACACGGCUUGGCGGGAAUCGGCGGGAACUAAAAGGUCACGAUGCACAUCUGGAACUCCUUCGCGGAAUUGGUGGAUAUCGCAAGCGAGCGCUAGCCCAUGUAGUAUCUGCCCUGCAGAUUUUGAGGGCUCUAAGCGACGAUAUGGAGGAUAUGAGAGAGAAGAUGAUGAUGCCGCACCUCGUGGGCUCACAGAUCCCUUUGGAAGUGCAGAUCAGUAGUAUUCAACACGGUCUUGAACGACUGAGAGACUCUAAGGUUUUGGCCCAGGAGAGGGAUCAGACGGCAAUGCAAAGGAUUGCGGUUGUGGAAGGUUAA